AUGGAGGUCAAGGAGGCAGAAGAUGGCUCGACUCCCGUCACCGAGGCAGCGCCUGUCCCAUAUACGACCUUUGGACCACAGCAAAAGCGUCUGCUCAUUGCGCUGCUUGGCUUUGCUACCACCACUUCACCGCUGACGGCCACGAUAUAUUUCCCUCUGCUGCCGCUUCUGAGAGAGCACUUCCACACCACGUCGCAGGCCAUCAACCUCACCCUCACGAUCUAUAUCAUCUUCCAAGCGAUAUCACCGGCCAUUUUCGGACCCCUGUCGGACUCUGUGGGCCGGAGACCCGCGUAUCUGUUCACGCUGUCCCUUUACAUGGCGGCGAACCUGGGCUUGGCCCUGAACCAGAACCACUACGCGCUCUUGCUGGGUCUGAGGGCCAUACAGAGCCUUGGUGCAAGCGCCGCCUACGCCAUCAGUUUUGGGGUGGUUGCCGAUGUCUGCGUGCCAAGCGAAAGGGGAAGGAUGCUGGGACCCGUCAGCAUGGCGUUAAAUCUGGGCGCCUGCAUCGGCCCGGUGGUCGGUGGCUGGGUCGCGUAUUCCAGCGGCAGCUUUGAAUGGAUCUUCUGGGCACUGGUGAUCGUCGGAGGUUUGCUGUUAUUCUUGGUUGGAACCUUCUUGCCGGAGACGGCUCGAUCGCUUGUCGGCAAUGGCGAGAAGAGGGCAGCCCUGCCAAUCUGGGAGUGGACCUGGCUGCGUAUCCUCACACGACUCAUCUCAAUCGCCUCACUAAAAGGGAGUGUGAGACGCACAGCAAAAGUCGGGCGUGAACGUCCGGAAAGGAGGCUGGACGAGGAGAAAACGUCGACGUAUCCAGGGUUGCUCCCGCGGCUGCAGGUCGGCAACCCGCUUAGCUGCGUGCGAAUCAUUUUCCACCUCGACACGUUCUUCGUGCUCUGGAUGCACGGCUCGUUCUACACAGUUGACUACUCGCUGGUGGCCGCGAUACCCGACAUAUACAAGCAGAUCUACCACCUGGACGAGUUGCAGAUCGGGCUGACGUACCUCCCGCGCGGCAUCGGCAUUAUCGUCGGCGGCUACUGCGUCGGCAAGGCCAUGGAUUUCAAUUACAGAGCCACGGCGAAAAAGAUCAACUGGAACAUCAACAGUCUCUCGGGCGACGACCUGAGAGAGUUUCCGAUCGAACGUGCCCGCGCCCGCGGGAGCGGCUGGCUGUUGCUCGUGUCCACAUCAGGACUCAUCGGUUACGGCUGGGCAGUCCACUACCACGUGCAUAUAUCAGUCUUGCUGAUUUUGCAGUUCCUGCAAGGGUUCUGGGGUACCUGCUUCUACACAUUCUACAACACGUUGCUGGUGGACGUGUUUUCGCAAAGUCCGAGCACGGCGGCAGCCGCGGCGAGCAUCACACGGUGUGCCAUGGCGGCGGCAGGGGUCGCGGUGUUGCAGCCCCUGCUCGACGCCGCGGGCAGAGGCUGGUAUUUCACCGUCCUGGGCCUGUGGAGCGGCAGUUUCGGCGCCGUGGCGCUGUGGUGUAUCAGGAAGAAAGGAAUGGGAUGGAGACAGCGUCGAUUGGACAAACAACACGGGGCGUCUGAGGUGUCUACCAUUGUCAUAGAGCAGGACCAAGCUAGACCCGGUAAGCAAGCAGAGUGA